GACCUGUGGGGCGUGGGUCGUGCUCAGGCCGGUAGCCACGGUUCGGCUCUUGAGAAGAUUACAUUUAAGUAUUAUUAGAACUACAGGCUUGAGCUUUGGGGGUUUUAUUUUUGAUCGCCCUGCGAUGCCCCUUUUACUUUUGCGCUGACUCUUUUUUGUUUUGUUUACUAAACACUAAUUUACGGAAGCGCCCUAGCGCCAGUGAAGUAAUUUUUCAAAAAAUCUAUAUUUUUUACGCUUCAUUUGUACGUAGGAUUUUUUUAUCUCCUAGCUAUGACAUUUUUAUAAAGAGCAGUUUUAGUACAGUAAAAUAAAAAGAAAUACAAAAAAGAUGCUGCAGUUGUAGUCUCGAGUUCCCCAUAGAAUUCGGCGUCUUCGUUGUGGGAACUCAUUCGCUGAGUUCUCUUAGAGUGGUGACUAUAGAUGGCACUGAACUCGCAGAGCAUGUAGCUGUGGGGAUGGUGGAUGAUGUGAAGUACUACUCCUAUAACAGCACUGUGGGGAAACUUGCCCCCCUCUUCGACUGGAUCAAUACCACUCAGGGACGCGAGUUCUGGGAAAGAACUUCUUGGCAUCAUCUGCUUGGUCAUGAUGUCUUCAAAUGGAGUGUAAGAAAUCUAGUCCAGCACUUCAACCGUACUGGGGUUCACAUUUUCCAGCACGUCGGUCGCUGCGAGCUGGAUGAUGACGGGACCAAGCGGGGACAGUUGUAUCAAGCGUAUGAUGGGAAGGAUUUUGUUAGUUUUGAUGUCGACACCAUGAGCUGGGUCGCUGCAGUUCCCCAGGCUCGCAUCUACAAACACAAGAGGGAAACGGACACACUCAGUCAACAGAUCUAUUCUGAUUAUUAUCAACAGCAGUGUUUUGAGUUGCUGAAGACGUUUCUCCAGAAUGGGAAGGAGACCCUGCAGAGGAAAGUCCGGCCUGAAGUGAGUGUGAUUCAGAGGAAGGCUCCUCGCUCUGCAGGAACGGAGGUGCUCUGUCAUGUGACAGGGUUCUACCCGCGAGAGGUGGAUGUUUCCUGGGUGAGAGACAGGGAGACGGUGCUGGAGGAAGGGGUGUGGAGUGAGGAGGUGCUCCCCAAUGGGGACGGGACCUACCAGCUGAGAAAGACCCUGACAGUGAGCGCUGAGGACCAGGAGAAACGCAGCUACUCCUGCCAGGUGGACCACAGCAGCCUGGAGGAGGCGAUGAAUGUGAAAUGGGUUCCUCAGGCUGCUCGGCACACAUGGCUUGUUGCUGUUGGUGUCCCGGUUGCUGCUCUGGUUCUGAUCGCAGUCUUUAUCCGAGUCAUCACCUGGAAGAAGAGAACAGCAGGAGUCCCUUUCUCCUGCUGCUCCGCACCGCUCCCCCGGGAGGAUGAGCAGGACUCUGCAGCCGCCGUGCCCCUGUCUUCCACAGCCGGGGCAGCUGAGGGGCAAGCUGAGGGCCAGGAGAGCUUGACUGGAGCUCCACCCUCACUGUGCUAGCAGGGUUGGUAGAGAUGCUUGGCUUUCAACAGCAAAGUCAUUUAUUUUUACUUGGAUUGUGUUUUGUUGUUCUUGUUUUCAGUGUCAGUCAAUUCCCAGCUCCUGUCAGACACAUCCUGAAAGAAAAGUUUGAUGUGCUGUUUGUGAGUGUUUGUGUCAAUAUGUCACUAUUUCUGUAUUAUGCACUUUCCACUGUAUUCAGUGUACUAUGUAUUA